CAUACCUCACUCACAACUUCCUCUACUCCCAACAAUAUAUCAUACAUUCACAAUGAAGUACUCUAUCUCCCUCGUCGCCCUUUUCGUUGCUGGCACCAUUGCUAUUCCUGCCGCCACUGCUCCGAAAUGCAAGGCUGGUGAACAAUUCUUUGAAUGCGGUACGGCCUGUCCCCUGACAUGCGAUGAACCCGAGCCCCGACCGUGUACCAAACAGUGCGUUCCUGGCUGCUUCUGCAAGGAAGGUACUAUUCGAAGCCAAUCCGGAUCCUGCGUCAGUCGCAAUAAGUGUUGA